AUGGGAGCCGACGAGAGGGCGUGGCCCGAGAGCGACGCGAGCCGGCGGCGGUCGCUCGACGCGUCCGACGCGACGCGCGCGGCGUCCGUCUCGGCCGCUGCCUUAACGAACGAAAUCCUCGCCGAACGGCUGCCGCACGACCUCAUCGCCUCCGUGUUCGCCGCGCUGCCGCCGCCGUCGCGCGCGCGGUGCGCGGGCGUCUGCAAGGCGUGGCGCGCGCUCAUGCGCGAGCUCCCGCCGGAGCAGCUCUGGAGAGAGCUCGACUUCGCGACCGAGACCGACGGCGCGUUCAAGGUGCGAACGCCUUUUUCGCGCGAGAGGGGGAGGACCCGUCGCGCGGCGCGGCGUAAAAGAUUCCGCGCACUCGUCCCUCCGCCGCUGACCCGCCCUCGCGCCCCGCGUACUUCACCGCAGCUGAACAAAGAGUCGUUCGCCGCCGCGACGAGGAUGGCGCGAGGAAAGCUUCGCGUCAUCAAAGUCCCCGGCGACGCGGGCAUCUCGCGCGCGUCGCUCGUGAGCGUCCUGCGCGCGAACCGAGAGACGAUGCGCGAGCUCCACGCCGUCGCCGACGCCGCCGGCGAACGCGGGUUCUGGACCCCGAAGCACGUCCACGACGCGAUGUGCGCGGUCGGUCCAAAGUUCCGCAGACUCGUCGUGGACAUCAAGUCCCGCGGCGUCUGCGCGGCGCUGAUACACCAGCUCGGCUCGCCGCUCGUCCGCGUGCGUCGCCUGGACGUUCGCCGCGCCGCGCUCGGGUUCGAAGAGAAGGAGAAGCUCUUCGCCGCCGUCGCGCGGCUGCGAUCAGAGACCGCGUGCGAACUGAAGAGGAUCGCGUCCGCGCCGUCGCUGCUCGACCUCGCGGCGUUCGGGAAAGAGUCGGAGGAGGCGGAGGCGGAGGUCGACGCGUUGCGGCGUCUGACGCUCGCGUCGUGCGGCUUGACCGCCGGCGACGCGAGAGCGCUCGCGCGCGCGAUCGACGAGCGCGUCGACCCGUGGGGCGGCGAACGCGACCACCGCGACGCGACGCCGUCGAGCUCGAGCUUCGCGCCCGCGAUGGACCUCGAUCUCGCGGAUAACCACGGGAUCGGGUGCGACGGCGUCAGAGCGCUCGCGCCGCUCGUCGCGUCCGGCGCGGUGCGCGCGUUGGACUUGGAAAAUUGCGGCGUCGGCGAAGCCGGCGCGGUCGCGUUAGGCGCCGCGCUCGCGUCGCCGUCGUGCGCGCUGACGCACCUGUGCGUGAGCAGAAACUUCAUCGGCGCGGUUGGGAUGGACGCGAUCGCGGUCGGACUGCGUCGCGGCCCGGGGGGGAUGCGAGAGCUGCGCGCGUCGCACAACGCGUUCGGCGACGCGGGCGCGACGUCCUUCGCCGCCGCCAUCCGUCAUUCGUCGGGCGGCGCGUUCGAGAUGCUCGAAGUCCUCGACGUCGGCGUGAACGGCAUCGGCGCGGACGGCGUCGACGCGCUCGCGCGGGCGCUCUUUCACGACGAUGGCACGAGCGCGGUCCCAGCGCUGCGCGAGCUGCGGUUGGAAGGGAACCCGAUCGGCGCCAGCGGCGCGGCGGCUCUCGCGGCGGCGGCGACGACGGCGUCGACGCGCGACGCGAGCUUGACCACGCUCGGCCUGAGCGCGACGCGGUUAGGUCUGCACGGCGCGGUCGCGGUCGCGAGCGCGGUCGCGUGCGCGAGCGGGAGGUUAUCGCGCGUGAAGCACCUGGACUUGAGCGCGAACGACAUCGGCGAGAGCGGGUCCAACGGCGGCGGCGCCGGCGACCUCGACCUCGACCUCGACCUCGACCUCGACCUCGACCUCCUCGCGACGAACGCCGACGCGCGCGGCGCGGAGACGCCCCCGCGGUCGCGGCCGUGCGCGCUCACGACGCUCGCGUCCGACCUCGCGUCCGCGCCGAGCCUCGUCCGCGUGAACCUCGGGUACAACUCCCUCGGCGACGUCGGCGCCGGGGCGUUUUCGACGUCCAUCGCCGCCGCCGCGCUCACGCGCGCGUUCACCGAGCUCGACCUGCAGCGGAACAGCAUCGGGGACGAGGGCGCGGCCGCGCUCGCGAGGGCGCUGAACGGGAUCGCGUCCACGACGCGCGGCGCCGGCGUGCGCAUGGACGUGCGGUCGAACUCGAUCGGCCCGAGAGGGAUGGAGGAGUUGCGGGAACACGUCGAGCGCGGCGUCAUGAUCUCGAAUUUCAUGCCCGCGCCGUUGCCGCGUCGGCGGGGGAGGGACGUCAGGACGCCGUCGCCGGUGGAGGGGGAGGACGAUGACGUCGUCGCGAACGCGAUGGUCGAGCCCGUGGGGGCGUAG